CCGAGUCGGGGGGCAGAUAGACGCCCACCGCUCGACCACCCGAAGUCCGAAGAAGCAUUUUUAGCAUCGCGCUCCAGAAGCAAAACGCCGGCUGCUCCCCAAUAACAUAUUAGCAAUUCGCUUUUAAGCCUUGCCUGUAUAACGAAGCGCCGACGACUGUAUAACGAAACGCCUGUUUAAGCCUUUCCUGAAUUUUCCAACAUGAGUUUCGCCGUCCUCAAAACGAAGAGCAAUUGCUCCCAAACCUCGCGCGCGAUUGAUCGAAGAGCAGACGCGAUUUUGGGCGAAUUACCGCCCGCAUUGCGCGAGCAUAUCGUGGAGAAAUACAUGAGUCAUGUGGAGAAGUACGUGAAAGAUUAUAAUGCCGCCAUCGCAGAAGCAGUUCUGAGAAAGUACGGAAUGCAUCUGCCAGACCAGGUUUUGCCCCCGGACGACAUGAAGACCUGGCACUGGCGAACGACUCUGUUGAAGCUGAGCAUAGACAGCGUCCAGGAUCCGGAGCGGGCUUGCAUUUUUCACCUUCUGGAGUGGAUUGCAGCGGCUGGUUGGACUUUGACGCACCACAGCACGAGCACUGCGACGCCGCCAGCGAAGGGGCACGAUUGCAGUUCGGUGGUCACCGUCGAUACGUAUGUUUUCAAAAAGGGUUAAAAAGUUAGCACUGCUCGGGGGUACCUGCAUGCGCAUGGGAUCUGCUUGAAACCCGCCGGUAAGUUCUUAUAAAUAUUUACUUAUAUCAUCUUCAUUGUUGUUGACUAUGGAUAUCCCUGUCGCUCGUUACUACCUAUCCAUACACCCGCGGCACACCAUUUGGCUUUAGAAGUAGCCCAGAUAACGAUGAGAUGUUCUAGCUUAACUUUUGGCCACGCGGCGGCCGUUGCGACCCCUAAAAUUAAAAAAACACUUGCAUUGCAAAAAGACGAUGGAAAAGAGCAUCGAUUACCGAAAGACAAAAGCAGCAUGAAGGCCAAGCCACGUUUGCGAUCAACAUAUUUUAUGUGAUAAUAUUGAAAAAAUUAGAAUUGAAAUUGAAAUUCAUAAUUUGGCAGGCCGCGUCGACGAGGGUCGACGCUAUCGUCAUCUGUGGACUAGGUGAAGCCAGAUUUGCUACCUCUUCACCCGGUAUUUCUUAGCCAUACGAGAAACGGAUCGAGCUGAAGUUGUCGCCUCCAAGUAUAAGUAUUGCCGGAACAAGUACUAUAACACCACCACUCAUUGUUCGAGUUCGAUCUAGAAAAUGAUCUAAAAAAACGCCCGACGUCGUCGUUGUGAAGAGGAUCAGCAUUAUCGUAGUGCCCAAGUUUUUGAAAAAAAACUCGCCGUCGACUAUUUCCUAUUUCCAUUUCUCUGUC